CUCAUCCCGCAUCCCGCAUCCUGCUCUUUCUGCUUGCCUCAUCCAGGUCUCCUCAGGUCUCCUCAGCUUCCUCUAACGGUUUUUCCAUCAAACUCAUCCAUCAUGAUCGCUGACUACGAGCACAAGUUCCCCAACUACACUGCCCGCCACGGCGUCAUCAUCCUCAACUCGGUCCUCCUGGCUCUGGCCAUCUGGAAACUGAUCAGCUUCUUCAUUUACAUCCCCGUUGGCGCCUACUUCAUCGUCGGUGUCAUCCUGGCGAUCAUCUCGGUCCUCCUCUACGGAUACGGCCAGUUUGGUCUGAUGACCAACAACCUCCGCGCCAUCAAGUCCCUCUCGAUUUGGUACUUUGUGGUCACCGUCCUGCUCUUCAUCGUGGCCAUCAUUUCGCUCAACGCCGGCUACAUCAUCGACGGCCUGCUUUCGGUCCUCCUCAACGUGUUCUACUCGCUGCACUUGCACGCCUACUACAAGAGCCUCGCCAACGGCGUUGCUCUGGUCUAAGCGGCCGGCCUGGUCCAAGCGACUGGCUCGAAAGCCAUCGUAUUCUCCCUGGUGCGGCUAUGCCAAGGGGUGCCCCCAAUCCAUCGAUGGCCGUGCUGCACCUUCCACAUCCACGUCUCUGCAUGUUCCCAUUCCAUUUGUGAACCCAUCUUGCUUCCCAUGCAUUCUAUGCCACCACCCAUUCCACCAGGCAGCGAUGCAUGCCCUGCUUUUUGUCUGAGUUUGUCGCCGCAAUUGGGUCGCAAAAGAAAUCCCUUCUCACUGCCAUG